UGAGGGGAGGAGUUAGAAGCAGGCUAAAAUAGAAGUGGGAGGAUCUAGAGCCAGAGAGAGAGAAUUCCGUGGGCAACAACAAAUGGCAACGGGGUCCAUGAUAAGAAGAAUGCCACUUCCCCUUGAACAAAUAGAGAAGUUGACAUAUCAGUGAGAAAGAGGGGGAGAGAGAGAUGCUGCAGCUGUGUAAAGUCACAGACUCCCUGUUCAUCAGCAACGCACGAUCAGCAUGCAGUCCUGAGUUAAUCCAGCAGGAGGCAGUCACUCUCUGCAUCAACGUGUCUAAGCAGCAGCCCUUCCCCACUGGUCGGGUCAGCACGCUCCGGAUCCCUGUCUACGAUGACCCCAACGAGGACCUCUACCAGCACUUUGAUCAAUGUGCGGAUGCCAUAACCAAAGAAGCCAUACGGGGUGGACACAGCGUUGUGUACUGUAAGAAUGGCCGCAGUCGCUCAGCAACCAUCUGUGUGGCAUACCUAAUGAAGCAACAGGGCCUGUCCUUAACAGAGGCCUUUCAGACUGUGAAAAAUGCCCGUUCAGUGGUGGAGCCAAACCCAGGUUUCUGGACCCAGCUGGAGAAAUAUGAGCAGGAACUGAAAACCAGGAGACCAGUGCAAAUGCAUAAACCCAUGCGCUUCCUCCAACUGUCUGCUGAGCGACUGCUUCCAUGGAGGAGACACUCAUCACAGCAUAAAUUCAGUGGAAUCUAGCGGUCUGUUUUCAUUAUGUCAAGUCAAGUCAAGUCAGUUUUAUUUGUAUAGCACAUUUCACAUGCACAGAGUGCAACUCAAAAGUGCCCCACACAGAAAACAUUGACACAUUAGACAAAAGAUGCCGGACGGAGUGGCGUAGUCACCAACGUACCUACAAUAAGACAUAAACAGAAAAAUUUACAAAAUAACAAAUGACACACAAGACAAAAGAUGUCGGAUGGAGUGUACCCAAGACACUUAAGACAGACAACAAACAAAGAUUAACUAAUAAUAAAAUAAAUAAAUACGAAAUUAAAAAUAAAGAAAAGUCUGUGUUAACUUAGUCCAACUCAGUCCAAUUGGUUGAAAAAUGUCCAAGGGCAAUGAUGAUGGCAUACAGCUGUGUCUAUAUAACAGCCCAAUCCAGAGGAUUUUACGUUAACGUUAGGCCUAGGCUUCUACUGGCAGUAGAGAGCACUGGAAGCAUGACAGCCUGAUGUCGUGGGCGAUCUUGCAGAUCAGCAACUUGGUGGACUUUUGACAGCGACAGUUUGUUGCUCCAUGAGAUGGCAGAGUUCUUUAACGUUAACAUCUACUCAGUCCAGACUCCAAGCAGUUGGCAUGGCAGUUAGCAGGUCAGCAACAGCUCGGUGGUCGCGGCAGAUCUUUCGCAGAGUAGGUCCAGCUGUCCCGAGAAAUCCCCUUGACCAGACAGUGAAGUGCAGCACCGCUCACGGAUGGAUGGAAGGAUGUCAGAGGCCCAGGUCAAAAGCUAGCCAUGGGAAGUUAACGGCAUCAGCCGACUAGUAAGCAGUAAAAAGAGUAACUCAAAAACUAUCAAAAAUAACAUAAAUAAAGGGAGAAUACAUUUAACUACACAAAUCAAUAAAAAAAAUGAACAUAACAUUACAUAAAAUGAUGCCAGACAGAGCGGCGUGUCUCACCUGCUUAGGCCUACCCGUAACCUAGGCUACUUUAUUAAUUAUGUCACAGUGACGUUGGAAGUGGGUGUGCACCUCCUAAACGCAACCAACACAUUUGUCAUUUUCUGUGUAGACAGACCCAUGGCUACACUGGACAUGUUGUCUUCUGUUCUCAGAGCAUGCUUUCUGCAAGGUUAGGGCCUCCUGGGUUGCUAGCUUACAGGGAUGCUGACGAGACACACUGCUCCGUCUGGCAUCAUUUUUUAGUUUGUUUUUGUUUAUAAUUUUAUGUAAUGUUCUGUUAAUUGUUUGUAUUUAUUUGGCCAGUUCUUCCACGCGCAAGCCAUUGACAAUUAUGAGUUUCAUAGCGCAGGCCGCCGCUUGAGCGUACAAUGUGAACCCCCCUUUAGUCAGACAGAAGACGGGCGCUGCUUUCUCUGUUGGUAUUUCUAUUCCAAAAACUGUGUUGAAAUGGUGUGUUUAGCAGUCAGAAUUUAAAAAAUUUCCCCCGGACCCCCACUGACAACAUCCGCACCCCCUCCCAGAAAAUACUUCCAACAUCCUGGUUAUGUCAUUAUCUUUUGUUGCAUGUUAUUUAUUCGCCUGUAUGUGUAUAUAAGUUUUCACAUUUAGACAAAAUUAGUACUCAUUGACUUUGUGAAUACAGUCUGGUCGCUCAUGAUUGAGAAACCUUGCCAAUACUAACAUGGUGAUGGGCAUAGACAUAGCUUAAUUUUGAAAUCCUUGGUCCAUCCUAACCAAUCUCAGGGAUUAUUUCCUACUUCGCCUGAGCUUUACAAACUGACAAUAAAUAGCAUUGCCACUCAGGAAACAAUGUAAUUUAUGUGGGCCUACCUUUGCUGUAAAUAAAUGUACACAUUCUUCUGACUUCAAUUUUUGAUAUUGACAGGCGUUGCUACUAUAGUACCACAGCCACGUUUGAUUUCAAAACUAUAGCAUCAUCCUAGCUCUAAUUGCUGAUUGAGCAGGUAGUGAACUAUGAUGUUCCAGACCAGUAUCUCCCUGAAAGGAGAUCCAGAUGGACAGGGUCAGGCUACAAAAUUACUGGGUUGAUUGAGGAAAGUUUAUAUUCAACAGGUCCUUCCAUUGUUAAAAUGGUCAAAAGCAGAUACAUGAAGCUGGAUGAUAACAAAAGCCAUUAAAGUGUAACUCGGAGGAAAAAAAUGGAGCAAAAACAACCUAGGGUCUAUAUACAGUAGUUAACAAUAGCAAACUUUUGAUUGAGAGCAAAAUUACGUUAAUUGGUGGUGGUUUGAGCAAGACCGUUUAUUUGCUUACUGAAUGGGCUUUACAGUGACGCCAACGAGGCAGGGUGCUACGUCACACGCAGGCAUGCACACACAGAGGCAUACACGCACCGCACACACACACACAUAAACAC